UAAGAACUGAAAAGGGGCAGUACACACACUCGCUGCCUCAAACAGCCAGACCCACCGGAGUACAGGUGGUUCUGGACAAAGAAUGGACAUGGAGAGAAAUUAGACAAAGUACAGCGACCUUCCAUCCUUUUAUUUGCAGCUGAAACAAACAGUUUUUUACAGACUGGCUGAACAAUCAGAACACAGACAUCAAAAUCUUUUCUACAAGGAGCAAAACAAACAAACUGUAACUCCGAAUGGUGGAGCUGCCAACCGCAGAAUUACUGUAUUCAUGACCAAUUCUUGGUUCUGGUGUGCUGAUGUAUUUGAGUAAUAAUCAAAACUACCACCAGAAGAAAUAAGAACUUUCCUUCUCAAUUGUGGUUUUGUGAAUAAACAAAGGAAUGAAAUUGAUUAUCCUGCCUUCAGAGGCCGUGUCUGGCUUUAAUGUAAAAGAAAAAACACAGAACUCCGGAAUAAAGCAACUUUAAUUGAAUGCAUUGGAGCUCUGAAUACAAACCAGUCCCUGGAAUGACCUUUCCAGAGUGAUAUGUUAUUACUCACAUGCACCUAACAGCAGGAAGCUGCCAUAUACACAGUUCCCCUUCACGUCACUGUAGAGUUAUGAUCUCCAAGAUAAAGGGCAGAUCCUUUUCUCCGAAAGAAAAAUAAUCUGCGGGCUGGAGAUUGGGAUGCAGACGAAAAGCAUGUUUUGGUGACCAAAAUAGCAGAGGAGGAAGAGCAAUGUCUGGGAAAAGAGAAAAAGGAGUAUUAGAGAGAUGCGAAUAGGGAAGACUGGACUGUUUCUCAGCCCCCUUUGCCAGAUUUGCAACAGAGCACAACAAACUUGUGCAAUUUUCGUGGCAGUUGUCCAUGGGAACUCAUCCAAGGCACAUCGGAUUUGACCCUCCUGGGAGGUCCUAUUAGACAGAGAAUAAUACUUCAUGAAGACCAAAGUAAAGCGCACUUCUUCUGUCAAAUUUCAGCUGAAAACAGGACAACAUUUGGAAGGAUUACUGUUGAAAGGGAAGCCAUAACCGGAAGCAGGAACCUGGAAAGCUGAGCUACUCCUUUCCUUGUCCAUUUUUGUGUGUUGUCUUGUAUUCCUAAAUUUAUUCACUGCCUGCCAGUAAGGACUAAAACUUCCAUCUUCCAACUGGACCAACGACUGAGCUGCCUGGAACGAAGCACUCACAUAUCCCCCUGCAGAGGGCUUUUGUUUCUGCUGCAGCAGAAGCAUUUCACCGUGGGUAGCGAUGGAGAUGGAGAAGGGACAUACAUCUAUCAGGAGAGGAGUGAGCUGGAGCCCAGGAGGAUUGAGAAAACCUCUACAGGCAACGCAAAACAUGCAUACCCCUGGGACAGAGUGCAAUGCAUCAUGGGAGACGACAGGAUUCAACAAAGAACAGAUGAGCCGGAAAACAAAUCUGACCAGGAGCGCCAGUUUAUCAGAGAAGGAGCUAAAGGAGGCUCGUGUCAGGAGUCAGAUCAUCGCUGCUCAGCUCACAGUCCCUUCCAACUCCAGCUCCAGAGGCGUGCAGCUCUUCAACCGGCGCAAGCAGAGAGUCAACGCCUUCACGCUUGAAAGCUGUGGAGAGGGGUCAGAAGAGGACAGAGCUGAGAAUGUGAAAACAGAACCCUCAUCUAACAAACUAACAUGGGCAGAGAGGAGUACUGAGGAAAAGGAUAGAGUCCUGAACUUUAAGAAUAGCGCUAGCAAGCCCCUUUUGUCACCACCUGGGACACAUUCAGUAGGUGAUAUCAUGGAGGAGCCGAGUAAGGAUUUCCACAAGGAAGAGGACAUGGAAGACAGUGUUAUCCAAGAGAGACAUUUCCUUCCUGUCAAGGAAGAGCAGGAGGAAGAGGAGGAGGCAAGAGAUAGAAUCCACGAGGAGCUUGAGGACAAAAACAAGGAUGAGAUUCCCCCUGGAAGUAAUAAAACUGGUCCAGUUCUGAUGGGGCAUGCUGAGGGGCAGGCAGAGAUAAAUGGGGUCCAAACAGGGCCAGUUCCCCCUGGAAAGCUUCAUAAUGGCUGCCACAGUACUUCUGGACCUGAGCGGGUGUCUGCGCCCACAACCAAACAGACAAGCACCAUCAUUAAUCGGACUGCCAGGCCCUUUUUUUCACCGCUGACAGUGCAGUCUCCAGAGGCAGCCAGCCCUGUCACAGAGAUCCCCCCUCCUCCUUCUUACGCCACUCCUCCUCUUCCUUCUUUCACUGCUCCCCAACCUUCGGCGUUCUCACCACCCCCUCCUCCUCCGUCAUACCCCACACCUCCUUUACCAGCCUUUACAAACCAACCUCCGCAGACCUACUACUCCAGUCCAUCUCCGAUGUCUCCUGUCAUGUCCCCUCCACCAUCCCAGUACCCUAUGCCUUCUGUAUCUCAGUACCCACCCAUGCCCCAUUACGGCCCUCCCACAGCCCCAAAGCCCUCCACCUUCGUUCCUCAGCCUGCUGGAGAGAGGAAGCCGAUAAUACAAAUUAAAACAGGAAUACUGGAGGAGGGUGCUGCUAGAAGGGGAAGUAGGAAGUCAAUGUUCACAUUCAAAGAGAAGACCGUGGUAGCUCCGAACCCUGAGCUGCUCUCCUUGGUGCAGGGGGCGGAUGAAAGGAAGAAACACGGACAAAGAUCUGUGCCUGAGCCAGCAUCUGAAGAAGAGCUAUUGGCGCUAGGUGCAGAGGCCUCCAACUUUCUUGCCAAGGAGGAGGAAAGGGCCGAGGAGGCAAUAGCACCAGAGUGGGCUUCCUGCCUCAAGACCUCCAGGACCCGUCCGAGGGCAGAGCACAGGCCGGAGCAGACCCUCACCAAUGUAUCAGGAAAGGGGGCUGAACUGUUUGCCAAGCGUCAGUCCAGGAUGGAGAAAUAUGUCAUUGAGAAGCAAAAUGCAGGACAAAGGAGGUCUCCUUCUCCUACAAUGUCGCUGCCACCAUCUUGGGUGUACCCAUCAAACAUGCCCGGCAGGGUCAAAGCCAUGGCUAAAAACUCUGACAUGAGCGCUCAAGUUUCACAAAACGUAAAGGCCCAACAAGCAGUCAAGCAAAAACCAAGGCAAAGAGCUCCAGCGCCAGAGCCAAUUCCAGAACCUCCUCCUCUAGAAAACGGCUGCUCCAAGAUAGAGAUGGACUUGUCAAGGCACCGGCCCUACCAGCUUUCAUCUUCCCUCUUCAUCCUUAACCCAGUCAAGGACCCCAUGAGUACCCUACCCAAAGGAGCGCCACAGUCCAAGAACCUGAUAUCUACCCAGCCUUUCUCUCGACAGACCUCCUUACCUAAUAACCCUCCUUCUCACUUCAGUGCCCAGUGUAUGUCUCCACAGCUGCCCCUCAGCCCCACAGGAGGAGGAGCAGAAUAUCCACCAAAUCCAGCGUAUGGGCAGCCAAGGAUCAGCUCUCCAGCCUUUUCUCCAGAGCGAGUAUCCUCUCCUCGGUCAGGGAUCCAGGCACCGAGGCCCAAAUUUUCUGCCAAGAAUGCAGGGAUUACACCGCAGACACCAAAGGAUUCCUCACCAGCUGAAACCCCCACUGAGACUCCUACGCCAACCUGGACGCCCAGCCUCACCAGACGUUUCAGCAGCCCAGAGGGCCCCACUGGGGCCUGGACUCCCAGCCUCCAAAGUAAUCGGCCCUCCACCACCAUCUCCAGUCGCUCCGUUACUUCCCCUGUAUCCUCUCCCAGGGGCACAAGAUGCCAAUCCCCUAUGGCCAGUCAGAAUAUCCAGUUUUCCACUGCUACCUCCACUGCAGCAUCCAGACCCCCCCAAACAUCAGCCGCGUCUCGACGCUCUCCGUGGGGUUCAAGAUGUCAGUCCCCAGUGGUGAGCCAGAAUACUCAGUCCUCCAGCAUCUCCUCCACACCUGGUUUCAGACAAUCCCAAACUUCUACAGCUACUUCUCCGCUUUCUCCUCCUUGGGGUUCAAGAUCUCAGUCCCCAAUGGUGAGCCAGAAUACUCAGUCUUCCAGCAUCUCCUCCACACCUGGUUUCAGACCAUCCCAAACUUCUACGACUACUUCUCCUCCUUGGAGUUCAAGAUGCCAGUCCCCAAUGGUAAGCCAACAUACUCAGUCUUCCACUGUCACCUCCACGUCAACACCCAGACCCUCCCAGACAUCUACAGCCACAUCCCCUCGCUCUCCUUGGGGAUCAAGAUGCCAGUCCCCUAUGGUGAGCCAAAAUACCCAGUCUUCCACCAUCUCCUUUGUUCCCUCAUCCAGACCAUCCCAAACAUCCACAGUCACAUCUCCUGUCUCUCCUCCCUGGGGCUCACGUUCCCAGUCUCCUGCACUCUCUCAUACCAGUUUGUCCUUCUCCACCACUAAACCUCUGUACACAUCUUCUGCCACCUCACCCCCACCCAAAGACAGUCGCUGCAUGUCCCCCAUUAUUAACAACCCAGACUCUAAAGCCAACCAUCGUCUGCUGGCCAAGAACAUCAUCAAUGCAGCCAAACGUAAAAACAGCCCCUCCCCUGGAGCACUGAGCGGUCACAGCCUCCCCAUCUCACCUCUGGGAAAUUCCCACCAUGGCUAUGACUGUCACAAACCACCCAUCAGCCCUUUCCAGUCACGGGCAUUUGAGGCCCAGUCCCCUACCUUCACCAGCCCUCCCCAAACCCCCACACAGAGGAUCUGCUCUCCUGUGAGGCUCUACAACACUCGGUCUCUCACCGACUCUGAUGCCUCUGUUGAGUCUGAAGACUCAGGCCUCCGAUCGCCUGGCCUGCACUCCUACAACACCUGCCCCCGCGGCUGGGGAGGUAGCCUGAGGGUGAAGCGAAGCACCGUCUCCACUGACCUGUGAGGGUGUUUCUGGAAGGCAGUCAAAGCACGAAUUCCGCUUUCAUAGACUUUUUGGGGCAUUGGAUCAACCAGUAAGAGUUUCUGAUGGUAUUUCAUCAGACUAAUAGAAGAUACCUUUCUGUAACUUUGAUUACCGAUCUUGGACAAUGGUAAAUGUUGUAUUAAGGUAGAAUUAGUAUUUUAUAUGACUCACAUUCAUAGUAUGGACUGACAAGAACAAGCUUUUUACCUAAUGCAGUUGCUGUGGCUUGUACGCUUCUUACAUACCAAAAAGACUCAAAAUACAGUAACCAAAGAUAUUUGAAUUCACUUCAGUUAAUGUUAUACUUUCUACGCCUUCACAACAAACUCACAUUCACAGACACUUUUCCAGUUAGAUAACAUUUAAGUUAAUUGUUUUUGAAAUGUUAUUAAUGAAUUAUCAAUAUGUUUGCUUGUCUGAUGCAAGUCAAAAUGGGAAGAGACUUAAAACAUUUUAAAGGGAUAGUUCACCCCAUAAUCAAAAAUACAUUUUUUUCAUCUUGCGUGUAGUGUUGUUUAUCAGUCUAGAUUGUCU